AUGCUCAAAAGAGCUGCAAGCUCACUAUUGCACAAGAAUAUGAUAUCAAAACUCACUUUAACAAAAACUGAACAGGAUGUGUGUUCGUUGCUAAAGGACUACAGUCAGGAGUAUAAUCAGUCCAUGCCACAGAAAGAACCAUUGAUGCUGCGAAUCACUGGAGGCUGGGUUAGAGACAAGUUAUUGGGACUGGACUCACAUGAUUUAGACAUUGCCGUUAACGCCAUGUCUGGAGAACAAUUCGCCUUGGGACUAAGCGAUUUUUUGAACCGCCACCACGAUAUCUAUGGAAUAACUCCGCAUUCAAUUCACAAGAUUGAUAAGAAUCCCGAAAAAUCGAAACACCUUGAAACAGCAACAACCAAGUUGUUCGGCAUCGAAGUGGACUUUGUCAACCUAAGGUCCGAAGAAUAUACAACAGAGUCACGCAUUCCUGUUGUGGAAUUUGGAACCCCAAAACAAGAUGCUUUGCGACGCGAUGCAACCCUUAACGCUUUGUUUUACAACAUUCAGCAUGAUGAAAUUGAGGAUUUUACAGGCUCGGGCCUCGAAGAUCUGAGACGAGGCGUUUUACGCACUCCUUUGCCACCGCUACAAACAUUUUUAGACGACCCAUUGCGGGUACUUCGACUUAUUCGAUUUGCAGCAAGAUUCGGCUUUUCAAUUGACCCAGAAACUUAUGCUGCUAUGCAAGACAAAAACAUCAACAAAGCGUUAGAGGUUAAAAUAUCUCGUGAAAGGGUUGGCAUUGAAAUUCAAAAGACCCUACAAGGUCCUGAUCCUUUGUUGGGCUUAAAACUUAUACAGGAAGCCGGCUUGGAUAACGUUAUAUUCUAUUGGCAUAGCGACCCAGCCAUAAUUGCUUACAAUGCAGAAAUGACUGAAAUGAGCGAGCAUAACCAGGCUUACGCCAAUUUAAAUGAACACAUUGCAUUAGUGAUCCACAGAUUACCAAGACUACUUGAAAACUUUUCCGAAUUACGAGCUAAGUAUAUGGAUAAGACUUUUAAGCAAACUUUCUUAUUGAGCGUGAUUCUUGCACCAUUCCGAGGCAUCAAAAUUAUUUGGAACCCCCAGAAGGCCCUCAACAGAGAGCUUUCACUUUCAGAAAGUAUUGUGAAGGACGGUUUAAAGUUGGGUAAAACUGAUUCGGACUUAAUUGGCAGAUGUGUCGAGACACACCCUGAGUAUAAUAAUAUCGUUUUGAAUUACAAAACUCUGCCAAGGAGUGAGAUUGGUUUAGCAAUUCGAGCCUAUAAGGGCCAGUGGGAACUGGCACACUUAGCAAAUUUAGCCCUGGCCUACUGUUUAGACGAAUCAUCACUUGGGCAAUAUCAAAAGUUUUUCAAGUAUGUCUAUGACCAGAAUCUCCAGAACUCCCAUUGCCUCAAGCCAUUGGUAGACGGUAAAGCAUUAUCCAAGAAGAUGAAUUUGAAACCGGGACCUUGGAUGAGUAGAGUUGUCUCAGAGAUGAUCAAAUGGCAGCUAGACAACCCUUCAGGAGGGCAAGAGGACGUUUUAGAGUUCGUGCGAGAAAUUCUCCUUGUUGACUCGUCAGUCUAA